UUCAGUAUACCGGCGAGAGCUCACCUGGCCAGGCGAACACGCUGUGUCUGUUGCACGGUUUAUCAGUAACACGCUGACAGACGGCGGCGAAUCUGAAACAACGAGGCUGCUUAAGCAAAAUAUCGUUUUACUACGAGUCGACAAAUAGUUCUCGAUAAAACGAAUCAUUGCGUACGACGAAUCUCCGAUAGCGGAUAACAACGAUUUUCUGAAUGAUCGCGAAAGUGAAAUAAAUUGUGUGACUCUCGAGUGAAGUGACAUGUUACCAGUGAAAGUUUAGAAAGAACAAUUUAUUGCACAGUGUUUACCGAGACGUGGUUUCGUUUACAAAAGAAUCGGUCGGAACAAGACAUUGAAAAGUGCAAGUAUAAGAAGGGAAAUGGAAAAUUUGAUGCAAUUUGAGAGUAAAUAGAUAUCCGAGGAAGAAGGGACAUGACGCAGUAAAACCAAGGGGACGAUAGUUCUAUGAAAAUCGUUCCAAUAUCGGCGCACACUUCAAAUUCACCUCAAAAUCGAGUUAAUUUCCAUUCAUCGGGCGAAAAUAACCAUGUUAAUUACACGAAGCUUGCCAUCAAGAUGACCUCGACGAAACCAAUCAUCGCGUUUUCGUGGUUGUUGCGAUCCUACAAGAGACGCAGGUUUAAGUCAGAAUGGCUCGCUUUCGUGUUCGCCUGCCUUUUAGCGAGUUGUUCGGCCAGGAACAAUCCACCGCGUUUCCUGAUCGACGGCCAGACGGAAAUUGUCAUUAGGUUAAAGGAAGGUCCCGAUACGCCAGUUGGCAGUUUAAUUUACAGGCUUCGCGGCGUCGAUCCUGACGGUGACAGCCUGACUUUCGGCGUUAGAGAUCAACCUGGCAGUGGUGUGAUUCGGGUCGAGAAUUUUAGUCCAACCGAAGCCAAUAUUUACUUGAACAAAUUACUGGACAGAGAGGUAAGGGACGAGUACGCGUUAGUGUUGACACUGACAGAUGGAAGACUCGGUGAAGGAAAUUUCAUCACGCAAAGUUUACUGCUUCUGGUGGAAGAUGUUAAUGACAACGUGCCAAUCUUCCGUCCACAUCCUACUUCCUUGACGCUUCGUGAAGACUCCGGUCCGGGUAUUUUAACAACUGUCGAAGCCACCGAUGCGGAUUUAGGAGCACAUGGUCAGGUGGUUUACUACCUCCAAGAACUUGACGGUGAUAAUGACGUGUUCAGCGUUUCCACUGUCAAUGGAAAGGGUGUCAUCCGCCUUGUCGGCCGUCUGGAUUACGAAAAAAAAUAUCUAUACCAGUUGAGAAUUCUGGCAAUCGAUCGAGCAAUAAACGAAAAGGUAAACACGGGAACAACCGCGAUACUCGUCAAGGUUCAGGACGUCGAGGAUCAACCUCCAGAAUUCAUAACCAUAACACCUGUUGCCAGGAUCAGUGAAAAUGCAAGAAUAGGCACAUCCGUUCUUCAAGUUCGCGCAGUGGACGGUGACAAAGGAAUAAAUAAUAAAGUAACAUAUAGCAUCACGCAAGGUCCGAGGUAUCUAUUCGACAUAGACACGACUUCCGGUUUGGUGUUCACCAGGGCGCAACUCGAUCGUGAGGCAGAGGAAAAUGCCGAGGGCACUUUUAUCUUGGAGAUUACCGUGAGAGAAGUAUCGAAUAUUGUGCCUGCACCGUCUGUUUCGACCGAAGUCACUAUUAUUCUAACGGACGUGAACGAUGAGACUCCAAAGUUCAGAAGCGCGAGAUAUCGUGCCGAGAUAAACGAAAAUGCACCGCAUAAUACGCCGGUUAAUUUCAUCGGGGAUGCAAUUCCGGAAGUUUACGAUCAUGACUUGGGAACUAAUGGUACGUUUAAAAUGUUUAUUGACGGCGAUGACGGAAUAUUCGACGUGACUCCGUCGAGAGGAAUUAACGAAGCUCCAUUUCUUAUACGCGUCAAAAACUCCAGCAAACUAGAUUUUGAAAGUAGAUCAGAGGUAAAUUUCACAUUAAUCGCAAAGGAGGUGGUAACAGUGGCACCAAAGCAGAGUAAAGUGCCGGUAGUCGUUUUCAUAAAAGACCAGAACGAUAAUUAUCCAGAGUUCACGGAGGACAUGUAUGAGGUAUCGAUUCCGGAAAAUUGCGCCGUCGGCACUACGGUGGCAUGGGUUCAAGCCUUGGACGAAGAUAGCGGGAAUUUUGGAACACGAGGAAUUAGAUACACCAAUUUAGGAGGCAGUAUUGCGCAUGUGUUAUCGAUGGAUCCUCUAACAGGACUAAUCACGGUUAAAGAACCGGGGCCAAGCUUCGAUCGAGAACUAGUAUCUCGACAUUAUUUAACCGUUGAGGCAAGAGAUGACCUUGGCAAAGGUAAUCGCAAUACUGUCCAAUUGGUCGUCAAUGUGAAGGAUGUUAACGACAAUGCUCCUAUAUUUCUACAAAACAAAUACGAAGCAGUGCUUCUGGAGAACGAAGAUCAUUUCCAAUCGCCCUUAAUCGUCGAAGCGUUUGACAUCGAUUUGAAUGGUACGAAGAACAGCGAAGUGACGUAUGCCUUAGUAUCGGGAGAAUUUUCACGGAAUUUUAGUAUCGAUUCAAAGCGCGGCAUAAUUAUCCCCACGAUGCCCUUGGAUUAUGAAGCCUUGCCUAUUAGUCAAGGACACAAGGAAACAUCAGUACGUCCAUUGAGAUUGACGGUACGAGCUAGGGAUAUGGGUACUCCAAGUUUGAGCUCAGAUGCGCCAUUAAUUAUUUAUCUGAAAGACAUCAAUGACAAUCCACCUGCAUUUGAGAGAACGUUGUACAAGAAAAGCAUCCCUGAAGACCUGCCUGGAGGUACCAGUGUAGUACAGGUCAAAGCUUGGGAUAAGGAUUUAUCUUCACCUAACAAUAAAUUAGUUUAUCGAAUUCAAAGCGGCGCAGGUGAUAAAUUUGUGAUUAGUCCGGAAAAAGGUGUAAUUAGAGUUGCACCGGGUUCCAAUUUAGAUCCAGAUUUGACUUCACCGAAGACUACAAGAUACAGCUUGAACGUCAUAGCGAUCGAUAGUGGAACGGAAAUCCAAAGAACGGCCGAAGUUCUGGUCAAUAUCACUAUCGUAGACGUUAACAAUAAACCACCCGUCUUUAUCGACCCGGGUACGGUGACCAUUCGUGAAAAUACACAAGUUGGAGCGUACGUGCAUCGUGUUGUGGCUAAUGAUCCAGACAUAGCGCCGAUAUUACGUUAUCGUAUCGAUCCAAAUUCUUCGGAGGCAAGAAACGAGGAAGGAACGCUAAUUAAGAUCCAAGAAUAUGAUUAUUUGUCCGCUUUGGAAUUAAAUGCACUCGAUGGAUUGCUUCGUGUGGUUAAAUUGUUAGAUAGAGAAAGAGUGGAAACGAUAAGAUUGGGGUUAGUUGUUGAAGAUUUGGCUGCAAUCAGAGGAAUACAAACUGCAUCCGCUACGUUGAACAUAAUAAUCGAAGAUGAAAACGACAAUAACCCAAGAUUUCGCAGACCAUUUUAUAGACGAUCUGUAACAGAGAACAGUAAAAACGGCGUAAAUAUUGCGAGCAUUGUUGCCGAUGAUGCAGAUAAGAAUCGUAGUAUUACGUAUUCGUUAGAAAGUCCUAAAGAACUGGCAGAUUUAGUUCAUCUUGAUUCUGAAACAGGUGAAAUGGUCGUGGCGAAUAAAAUCGAUAGAGAACAAUAUUCCUGGCUUAAUCUAACUGUACGUGCCACUGACUCAGGAAUUCCACCUAGAUCGAGUUUAUCUGAGGUAUACGUUCAAGUACUGGACGAAAAUGACAAUAACCCGUACUUUGUAACUGAUAUCAGUAAUUUGACUGUGAUGGAAAACGCUAAGAUCGGUACAGAAGUAGCUACCAUUCAAGCUAGAGAUCCUGAUAGCGGAGAUUAUGGAAAAAUUACAUAUUUAUUAGAUAGAAUGUCAUCCCAGGGUACAUUUGCCAUUCAUCCUGAGUCUGGCGUCUUGACAGUAGCAGAUUCGAUUGACUGGGAGGAUAAACAAAAUUACGUUCUAGUUAUAGAGGCUUGGGAUAACUAUCAGUUCGGUUAUACAGCCGGGGAAUCGAGAAAUGCGUUUAAGCAGAUCAAGGUCACUGUAACAGAUGUCAACGACAAUCCACCAAAAAUGGACAUACCUGCAACAUGUGUUACCAUAUCAGAAUUCCAUGACGUGAAAGAUUUAGUUUUUACCAUUAAGGUGAAGGAUGCAGAUGAUCCAACAACUCCAAAUGGUCGUAUGAAAAUUAGAAUUCUUUCUGGAAAUGAAUUAGGUUUAUUCAUCCUAGAACAAGCAGAUUAUUGGACAGCAAAUAUAAAAGCGGCACAUUCACUUCGAGGAAAAUUCGGGAAUUAUUCGUUACAUCUGGAAGCCCGAGAUCUUGGUAGACCUUCCAAUAAAGACAUUUCUGUUUUAAAUAUUUGUGUGACGGAUUACAACGACAAUCCGCCAGUCUUUAUUAGUCCACAGCAUAAUACAACUAUUCGAGUAGCAGAGAAUGUGACAGUCGGGACAUCGAUCAUACAAAUUGAAGCCAAAGAUGCCGAUACUGGUCCAAAUGGCGACGUUCAUUAUCGUUUGAAGCAAGACUUGGCUGGUCAUUGGAGAACAUUUCACAUCGACGAUACCACCGGCAUUAUCUCACUAAAACUCCCGUUAGACAGAGAAACGCAGAAAUUGUACGAGAUCAGAGUAGAAGCAUACGAUCUAGGAACUCCAACUCCUCUCAGCACGGAUCUAGAUCUAAUUAUUUACGUGCGAAACAUCAACGAUUACGAGCCUCAAUUUUUGGUAGACAUAUUCAAGAUUGACUUCACAGAAGAGCAACCUCCUGGCUCUGAAACUGUACAAUUACCAGAAACUGUCGAUAGGGACGAAGUUGAUGAUCUUGACGAUCCUCCUACUCAAGUGUGUUAUUUUAUAAUCAGCGGCAAUGAUGAUGGACUCUUUAUCCUCGAUAUCUUUAGACACGAAUUGACUACUGCGAAAACGUUAGACAGAGAACAGCAAGAGGAACAUUUGUUAAUUGUGAAAGCGACAGAAGAUUGUAAUACUGUUCCAGCGAACGGAACCCUUUCCGAUGAAGCGGACGAUACUACAUUGAAGAUUGUUAUAAAUGUAAUGGACAUAAACGAUAAUCCACCCAAGUUUGUUAGUAAGAUAUUCACGGGUGGAGUUACUACAGAAGCUGAUUUUGGCACGCAAUUUAUGCAAGUCAAGGCGAUUGACUUGGAUGCAGGUGAUAAUGCUAUAGUUAAUUAUUACCAAGUUGGUAAAAUUCACAUGACUUUGACAGAAGGUUUGGACGAUAUUGAGCUGCAACCUUUUCUGGUUAAUAAACUCACCGGGGUAGUGAGUUUAAAUUUCGACCCUCAGAGAGGGAUGAAAGGAUAUUUUGAUUUUAUGGUGUUAGCCAAUGAUACCCAUGGUUUAGAAGAUACUGCAAGAAUAUUUAUUUAUUUACUAAGAGAAGAUCAGAGAGUCCGUUUCGUGCUGCGGCAACAUCCACCGGAAGUCCGCAACAGAAUAGAGACGUUUAGAGAGACACUGGGCAACGUGACUGGAGCGAUAGUUAAUAUUGAUGACUACAAAAUCCACGAGAAUCACGACGGUUCUGUCGAUCGAACAAAGACCGAUUUGUACAUGCACCUUGUAAAUCGUCGAGACAAUUCCAUUCUUGAAGUGUCGGAAGUCCUGGAAUUAGUCGACAGAAAUAUAGAGAAACUCGAUGGUCUGUUUAAGGAAUUCAAUGUUCUCGACACGCAACCGGCUCAAUAUCAACCGAUUGUUCAGUACGAGCAAGCAGGAACCACGUUUUGGCUUUUGACUUUGACCUUGUUCCUAGGAGCUCUGCUAAUUCUGUGCAUAGCCUUGUGCAUUUCGCAAAGAGCCUCGUUCCGCAGGCAAUUGAAAGCCGCAAAUGCAUCACCGUUUGGAACAUCAGAUGCAGAAUUUAUAAGAGGACCUGGUCGUGUACCGAAUACAAACAAGCAUAGUGUAGAAGGUUCUAAUCCUAUAUGGAUGCACGCUUACGAGAAUGAAUGGUUUAAAAGCGACGAAUCACUUAGUCACACGUCUGAGAGGGAUUCUCUCGAUGAAAAUGCAUUGAACAACGAAGAAAUAAUGAACGAAGCUAAUACAAACCAAAGAACCGAUGAUAAACCGUACUAUAUCGAGCCAAGAGCGUCUUCCAUUUCAAGCGCGGGAAGUGUGGCAAAUAUACCAAAUGACUUUCAUCGAAGUUCUCCAAUAUAUCGAACGCAAAACAAUAUCGUUAAUCCACUUGGUAAAAAGAUAGAAACGACGGAACUGUAAUUGAACAACGACGAUAAUACGAUGGAGAAAAAUUCUUAUUUGCGCGGUAGUAUUUAUAACUUCGUAAGAAGUGCAAUAGAAUAAUUCUUGUAAAUAGUCACACUUCGUAUCAGCGUUAGUAUAUAUUUAAUAUUUAUUUCAUAGUAUUUUUACAAAUUGACAGUGACAAAUAUUUUGUAUUAUCAAAUUCAUAUUUUCAUUAUUCGUAUUUUGUCUUGUAUCCAUAUUAAUAGUAAAUUACUAUUAUAGAUAUAAGCAAUUAUAGUUUGGAAGAAUCUCACUUCCAAGUUCGUGAGAAACUCUGGUUAAUAAGAAAAAGAAAUUUAACCAUGAUCUCUGCACGUCAGUAUGUUACAUACACUUGUACCAUUGUACACUUUAUAUUUCUGUUUGAUAAAUAAAUAAUUGAUUCA